AUGUCUGCGGAGACAUCCUCUAACUACACCUCUCUACUAGAGGACAUUCAGAAUCUCACUGUGCUUCAGAAUUCCACGUCACCAGAAAUGUCGAAAAAUUCAGAUGAAAUUUUUUUGGUGACAGAAUUCCCAUUUCCGUCUCCAGCCGAUCCAUUUGAGGAUAUGGAUUUAUUCAAUGGGUCCGACUACAAAAUCACUGCGAUUCGAAAUGGAACGGAUACUGUAACAGUAUUCGAGUAUUUAAACAUCUCCCCAUGGUUGAUGUAUUCUCUCUGUGGAAUUAUUGUCUUAAUUGUUCUCGGUGCUAUAAUUGGGCUUGUGUGCUGGAUUAAGAAAAACAAAACCCGAGUGAUCAACGAAACGACCGACCCGGUACUAGCCAUGACGUUCCCCGGCUCAGGAUGCUUCAGUUGCUGCUCCAAAUCCGAGCCAAAAAGUGGAAUGGACCAAAGACAAAAUUCUUCGAGCAAUUUGGAAUUCUACGGAAGACCAGCAUUACCACAGUCUGCUUAUGUAGUGGAGAGACCGAAAUCACAAGAAUCCAUGACCAUCGCCACAUCGAACCAUGCCAUGUACAUCGACGGAAUCGAGGAUAUUCCGAAUCGAGAAAUUCCACAAGGACAGCAAAGAGCUCUACCCAAAUAUCGAUACCAACAAUACCAGACAUCGGAAUAA